GGACAGUCGGCAGCUCGUUACUGGUGCUUUUUCUGUGGCGGAGUCCGAGUCUGUCGAGUCUGCGGUGCCGCAAGGAACAGUAAUUGUCGACGUCGAUGAGAACAAUUUACCUGCUUCUGCAGUUGGCGUUGUGGACGAGCCAACGGUUUCUACUGCAACUGUAGCACCUGCUGCAGGAAAAGAUGUCUACGCAAAGACAGCCACCUCGGUCGCGGGAGAGACGAACGUUUUCGAUGAAGAAGCGAAACAGGAGGAGGUACAAGAAUGCGCGCCAGCGUACGAAUCCCGAGCGGCUGACAGUGACACCAAAGAAACCACGGAACCAGUCGGGUUUGCAGGAGGUGCAAGUGCUGCAAUUAGUGCAUGCGAAGAAGCCGACGUUCUUCCCGCAGUACUACCAAUACCGCUUGUUGCACAAACUCACCCUUCGCUACAACCUGCAGAAGUUCCGGUUGCGGCCACUACUAAUGUGCUCGAGCCAGCGGGAGUAAGUUCGGUGAUGAGACGAACAGAGCAGAAGGAAUGCGCAACACAUGACGACACCCCUGCAGCGCAAGAACAGGCGCAGGUUCAAAAUGUCGAAGAACCCUCUGUCAUCCCCGGUCUCGUCGUUCCCGCGGAAAUAAACAGGGUCUCUUCAACAUCAUCUGCGGCAGUGGUACCUCCACGACCGCAGGCUGCUUCACAUCAGCCUGGCGUGGUCAGCUCUACCACUUGUAACACAGACAAAUUUGCGGCUUUUCGGGCCAGGGUCAACAUCAUAUGGAUUGCAAAAAUGUCUGGGUCUGGAUGAAGCUUGUGAUGCUAAAAUGUGGAUGAUGGAAACAGUUCCGAAUGCAACACAGCAUGACGACUUUUCAGAACGCUUUCUCAUACUAUGAGAUAAACUGCGUUUUUGCGUGUACAAAAGAGGCCGCGACUUUUGUUGGCUAUGCAAUACAGAUUUCCUAGGUAUGGAGAGCUAGCAUUACAAGUUGCAAGCUUCCAGACCCAGACAUUUUUGCAUUUGAUACAUCAGCGGUUUCGACAAAUAUUUUGCGGACAUUGGGCUGACCGAGAAGUUGCAGAACCUCGAAGCCGCAGUUUUGGAGCAAACAAAAAGCGUCUUCGCCCAGCGAGAGGAAAGGAUCAAGGAAAAGCGGGCGAACAUGCAGAAGAAAUUCUCCCGCGUUGCGCACAAAGUGGCUGCGUUUUUUCAAGAAGAAGCGAAGCAGCUGGUGGACGCGUGUGCGAGGGAAAAUUCGCCGACGAAACGGGACGCGUUGAUCCUGGAGUUCGUCGAAAACAAGGAGCGGGUAGUGGCGGAAAUUCAAAAGAAUGAAAACUUUCUACUCAGAAAGAGGAAAGAGCCGUUGGCGGGGCGAGUAGAGGAGCAUCGUGCGAAGAGCGCCAACAAACUAGGCACGGGAGCUCCUCCUGCUGCUUCUCGUCGGGGGGAAAGUAAGAAUAAGUUUCGAUUUCUCGGCGCCCGUGAGGACCAUGCAAGUGACCACGACCCGGAUGGUAUGUAGUGAGGUCACCGAACGGUUCUAACCGGGGAGUUUUUUUGACACCCAGACAGCAAAAUGGCCGGCAGUUUUCAAGCGGCCGGAAGUGUUUUUGAGCAUAAAAAGUUUUCACUUAUCAAGCGGCCGGGGCGUCUGCGGCAAAAUAGCCCGGGCGGAUUCUAUCGAUUCGCACUGGAUAAAACGACGCAGGGGAGCCGGCAAAAGGGGCGCCCUUCUGAGGCGCCCACCGCCUUAGUUUCUGGCGGUUUGGGGCGCCCAAAAAGGAGCGCGCAAAAAACGCGCCCAAAAUCAGAACAGCGAAACAGCAUGGCACGGCCGCGAUUUCGGAGCAUUUUGGGCGGCCGCGAAAGCGGCAGCCUUUUCGCCGGUUUUAGAGCCUGGGGAGCUUUGCAAAAGGCGCCGGCGUGAAAAAUAAAAACGCGAAAAAUAAAAAGCGCGCCAGACGCGCAAAGCCAACCCGCAUGCUAUGGGCCCGGUUUUUCUUCGCUUUUUGGGCGCCCCCCGUGGCACCCGGAUCGGCCCCAUAGCAUCGGGGCUGGCUUUCGAAAAGGAAUUUUGGAAAUGUGCCAAAGUUUGCGACGUUUCCCACGUGGCCGCCAUACCGUGCGGCAUAACGUUACUCACGGCGGUAUGGCGAGCCCAUAAAAAGCAAAGCCGCGGCCACGGCUGCGGUCGGCAAAAAAACGCCCACGACCUCACUACCCCCGCCCCGGCGGCUAUAUUUGGUACUUUUCCAAAAAGCACGACCAGACUUUCGGGGCCGCAUUUAUUCGCCGGCAGAGGGCGAAGCUUUCCCGCCUCCAUCAUCGCAAGCGCGCUCAACGCGGAGACCUACGCGGAGUAUCGGAAGUCUUUGGCUUUUCAGGAGCCUGGUGGAACAAGAACAGCACCGGAAGUUGCAGUGGAUCAGGCUGCGCUCCUUCGUGCUGCUACGGUGCCUCUCGCGUCGGGGAAAAGGACUACUUUUGCCGGGGCGACGUCUGCAGGGGCAACGUCUACGGCCCCAGAGAUCGAACCCGGCAGCCAGAAUGGUCCGCGGACUCAACGACCUCACGGGCGCCAGGCUCAGACACCUUCGCAGGGAGAAAAUUCUUGUCACGGUGAAAAUUCAAGUUAUGGUGCUGCAAAUAUUUAUUUUCCCAUUACCGGCGGCGGCGACUGUCAUCGCGCUGCCGACCAUCGGCCAGCACGACCCUUGAAGAUGCCCGCCGGACGAGGAGAUCAAGCUGCACAUCAAAGCCCGAGCGUAACUGCUUCUGUGCCGCCCGCCAUCCCGCCGAACUCUCCCCGCCUUCACGAGCUCUUUCAGGACUGCUUGACAGCGAGCGCGGAGCACGCACGAAAAACUGUGCAACAGUUCAGAAAUAGAAAUACUACCACCUCGAGGGGUAGACUAUUGUUCUCACCGGUUCUACUUCCAACUGAGGAUAUUCAUUCGGCACACGCGAGUGGUCGACAGAGUGGCACAAAAGCUGCACGAGGGGAGAACUCCACUCAGGGCCAAAACGAUCAUGUCAAAGUCCACCUUAAAAACCACCGGAAGCCUAUGCUAACGACAACAAGCAGAGCUGCACCAGCACCAGAUGACGCCAACACUGCUGACCAGAUAGGAACGAAGGCUGGUUGUUUUUCGGUAGCAAGCAGCGCCCUACAACAUUCAGUGCCCUGUCUUGAUGCACCUGUUGCACCUGUACCGCACGAAUCUGCUCCUGCUGCUGCAGUUCGGGACGAGGUGGGUCUGCAUGAGGAAAGCGGAUCAUUCCUGCAUACAACUACCCCCGCGCCCGGUGCAGCACUUCGACCUCCGCGCGCAACUGCGAGGAACACCUACCGUCGCAGAUCACGACUCGACUUGCUUCAAGUGGACAGUUGUACACGCAAAAAUGUUGACCACGACGGGGGGCUGCACGAUGAGCCGGUAGUUUACGACCAUAAAGAAGAUCAUAGCGGCUCAGACAGCCACAGCUGCGGGCAGCAACAACAGGUCGCGCAAUACGUCGAAGAAAGGCCGCCGCGCGUCCGGAAAAAAACCUUUCGCCGCAGGGACCCAAGCAAGCUGUUCGCGAUUGAUUUUUGGCAGUCAAAACUGCAGGAGUAUGAGUCCCAGAUGUCGACGAGUAACGUUGAUCAGGCCCAGGAGCGACAACUUCAGCCGCAAAAUAUCAUGAGCCAGCAGGAAGUCGUUGAAACCGCUUUCAUCCCGCUGCAGCAAAAAGCAGCCUACCAUGAUUUGACGGAGCUCACCGUUCUUCCGGUGAAAUUUGACUCCACGAGAAUCGCGAGUAAAAGGGACGAGGACUCCGCGAGGUUUCCCACCAUCGUUGAGCAGGAGGACGCUCGUGGAACCGUCGCGGCUGAAGGAGAUGAGAAUACAACGAACUAUGCGCAGGAACAAGGCCGAGCCACGCCCCUGAUUUUGCGGAAGGACUACGAUUUCGGCAAGAAGGAUUUAGUCGGGAGAAGCAACAAGAAUUUCCUGUCUUUGGAACAGGAGGCUGCAAUGAUGAGUCGGCAGAAGGAAAUGGCUUUUGACGUCUUAGUCGACGAAAAUAGUAAUAUGCACGAGGACCAGCACGUUCACUUUGGCGGUCGAGUUGAAUAUCAACAUGGAUUGCGAGGACCCUCCGGUGCUCAUGCUCUCGUUCGACACGAGAUGCACGAUAUUCCUCACCUCCCACUGGGCGUUCCGGCGACCUACCAGGGCGAUUUCUCGAGCAUGGCCGCGGACCUUCUGCAGCAAAUGCGAGUUUCGGAGAAGCGCGCGGCGCAAAGCGCUGGUUUGGUGCGGAGAGAGCGCCAAGCGCAAGCCAGAUUGACCUCGCAGUUGUCCUCUAGGCGUGAAUCCGGGGGUCAUGCGGGGGUAGUUUCGUAAGGAAGGAACGGCUCAUCCCUUCAGGGUGAUGAUGCGAAUGAUAUUUGUGUGCAUUGAUGCCUUGCACUGAUCACGUUCGUAGUUGUCGAAAAUGAAUAAAACUGCGGACACAAAAAUUUGGCUGAGACUUGAUGUAGUUGUUCUACUUCAAGACGAAUACGAAAAUGAAAAAAGAGUAUCUAAAUGAU